CUAAAUCCUAUCUCCUUCUUCGCAUUCCAGAAAUCUUUCCCCAUAUCCGCCGCCGCUGUCUCCAAAUCCUCCGCUCCUACACCCCUAGCCGCUGCUCCUCCGCUCUCCAUCUCCCUUGCCCAAAUCGCCCGUCGGUCUCCCUUCCCCAAAUCGCCCAAUCAGUCUCCCUUCCCCAAAUCCUCCGCCAUCCCCAAUCUACCGCCGUCGCUCCUCCUCCGCCGUAAAUCGCCCAAAUCAUCUUCUCAUAAAAAAUCGUCCCCAGAAGCUGUGACUCCUUCUCGCCGGUCAAGGAACUCUUUGUCGCCGGUCGUCGAACCGUCAGCUGGGCACACGGUUGUUCACCGUCAAGGGCGAAUUCGUCUCCCUUCCAAAAUCUCAGUUCAAUCUCAAAUCAAGGAAUGGAAGUUCAACAUCGAAGAUUUUGAAUGCUCAAAGGCAUUUUCUUUGAGGCUGGAUGGGAUGGUAUCACGGACAGGGCAUCGUGAGGCUUAUAAAGAGAAUAAUGAAAACACUAUAAGGACUAUCAAGAAACAAGUUACUGGAGUUUGGAGAAAGGACAAAUAUGGUGAUACAAAGUAGGGUAUUGGAGUUGGGAGAAUGGACGAAUAUGGUUGCGGUGAAGCACAAAGAACUUUUUAACAGAUUCUGUCAUUGUUAUUUUCUAACUCAAUGUAAAGCACUUCGGAUUCCAUGGGCCGGUUGUGCGAGAUUCCUAGUAUUAAAUACAUAGGCCCAGAUUCACAAAUUUUUAACCUUCUAAAUUAACACUAAAAAAAAUAUUUAACACUAAACAACAUACCUCUGCCUCCGCCGGCGACAUCAGCAGCGGCAGCAGCGGCGGCGCCGGCACUCGGAUGCCACCCAUUGGACGUCAGCCCGCAUGAAUUUACAGGGUAUCAAAACAACAAGGAACUAGUGAGACCCUUAGAGUCAUAUAUUAUUAAAAACAACAGGAAUCAUACCUCCGCCGGCAGGUAGUAGGUACGGCGGCGGCGGCAGCAGGGGCGGCGUCGGCGGCCUGAGAUCUCGCUGUGAUUGAGGGGCGGCCUGAGUCAGAGGUUACAUAUGAUAAGAGAACAGAACACAUAAACAAGAAGGAAGGCAAGCAAUAGUGGAAGGUAACCAGUUACAUGAGAUAAGCUCUAACUGGUAAAAAUCUACGAUCGGUCUAACAGUCUAACUUCCAAAGAAAGGGACAAGUCUAUUCCAAAUUGAAAUAUGGGUUAGCAGUCGAUCUCAAACUUCAUAUGGGCUAGCAAUAGUGGAAGGUAACAUGUUCCUUCUCAUUCCUUAGGUAUAAUAAGUCAAGGAACUCCCUAAACAUGCGAUAGAAGCUCGAAAAAGGCAGCCUAGAUAGGAAUGUGAAAGUAAUGACCUACUACUUGACUUUCUCAAUUACAUCGAUCCUAAGCGAAUAGGCCAACUUCCCUAACUACAUGAACUAGAACAUAUAUUUAGUAAAGGGCAGCUAGACGGAAAAGCAUGGAUCAGCAAGCUAGUACGCUUGAACUAGGGCUAACUACCCUCUCCUCCGAAGGAGCCGAUAGUGAAUUAUUAUCACACAGACACAAACGAGCAAGGCUUAUUAAAGUCUCAGGAGCAAGGU